AUGACGGUGUGUCCCCACAGAAGUCCCGCCCCACCACCGGAGAACAAUUCAAAUAAGAAUGGACACAACCCAAUUCCUUACACUUGUCAUCAAGUCCAAUCUCUCAUCACCAUGCCACCAAAGCCAUCUGCUAAAGGAGCCAAGAAAGCCGCCAAGACCGUCACGAAGCCAAAGGACGGAAAGAAGAGAAAGCAUGCCCGUAAGGAGUCCUACUCUGUGUACAUCUACCGUGUACUCAAGCAGGUUCAUCCAGACACUGGAGUCUCUUCCAAGGCUAUGUCGAUCAUGAACUCGUUCGUCAAUGACGUCUUCGAGCGCAUUGCCGCCGAGGCCUCUCGUCUUGCUCACUACAACAAGAGAUCGACCAUCUCUUCCCGCGAAAUUCAAACGGCCGUCCGUUUGAUUCUUCCAGGAGAGCUCGCCAAGCACGCUGUCUCUGAGGGAACCAAGGCUGUUACCAAGUACACCUCAAGCAAGUAA